AUCAGAAUGCGGCUACUGCAAACAGUAGAAAAACCCCAAACAAACUGCGCUCCGACGCCACGCUAAUUGGGUCUGUUUAGAAGUGAAAGAGAGACACUGAGGUAAUUGUUCAUCUGUUACGCGGAGAACGAUGUUCUUGCGUGCGAUUGCACGGCCAUUGAUGGCCAAGGUGAAGCAGACGACGGGGAUCGUUGGGCUCGAUGUGGUGCCCAACGCGAGGGAGGUAUUGAUCGGGCUGUACAAUAAGACCCUAAAAGAGAUCCAGGCGGUGCCGUCGGAUGAGGGGUACCGGAAGGCGGUGGAGAGCUUCACGAAGCACAGGCUGACGGUAUGCCAAGAGGAGGACGACUGGGAGAAGAUUGAGAAGCGCCUCGGUUGUGGUCAGGUCGAGGAGCUCAUUGAGGAAGCCCAAGAUGAGCUCAAGCUCAUCGAGAAAAUGAUCGGUUCGUACAAGUGGGAUCCUUGGGGUGUUCCGGAUGACUACGAGUGUGAGGUUAUAGAGAAUGAUGCACCAGUUCCAAAGCAUGUUCCUCUGCACCGGCCUGGACCUCUCCCAGAGGAGUUCUACAAUACUUUGGAGGCUGUCCGCAAAACAGAGACACCUGCUACCGAGUCACAGUUGAAGGAGUAGCAUACUCCUUUCCCCGCACUUGUUACCAGAAUACCAGGCAUGAACUCUCUCGUGCGUUGAAUCUUCCGGCGAUAUCAAUCUGUUUCUCCUGUUUUGUAGAUUGAAUAGAGUUUUAUUUAUGAGACAAGCUUGAAUUAUUCAGUUAAUAAACUCGAGUGGGGGUUCCAAAUA